CAGGGUGGGGGUGCAGGGCAGACGGGCUGGGAGCCUGGCCCAGCUGUGGCGGGGCUGGGCACCACAGUCCUCCCUUGCCCCAGGGUCUGCACACCGUGGGAGGGGUCUAGCUUGGUGCCUGGGAGCUGGCUGAGGUCAGUGGCAUUGCUGAGAGGCUGGGGGCCCUGGGCAGAAGAAAAGCCCCCAGCCUGGAGGGGUCCUGCCCAGACAACCUGCCUUCCUGCCACCAGCCCAGGUCGGGGUCACCAGCCCUACCUGGGGCCUCUUUCCUCCUCCCCCCUCCCCCCCUCCCCCGCAGCCCUUAUAGCCACAUCCUGCAAGGAAAAACCCCAGACUCCUGCGCCGCCAGUGGAGACGAGGAUGUGUGUGGGGGCUCGGUGGCCCAGGGCGCCCCACUCAGCCCUCCUGCUCCUGGGACUUGUGCUGGGCGCCGCGGCCCGGCUCAGCUGUGGUGGGAACACCUACCCUGAAGGCAACAGGUGCUGUAACGAGUGCCUGGCAGGCUACGGAAUGGAGAGUCGCUGCAGCGGCCACAGCGACACAGUGUGCAGCCCUUGUGAGUCUGGCUUCUACAACGAGGCGCCCAACUACGAGGCCUGCAAGCCGUGCACGCAGUGCAACCAGAAAAGUGGGAGCGAGCCCCAGCAGAGAUGCACAGCCACGCGGGACACCGUCUGCCGCUGCAGGCCGGGCACCCAGCCCCAGGAUGGCUACAAGCGUGGAGUGGACUGUGCCCCGUGCCCCCCAGGACACUUCUCCCCAGGCAACAACCAGGCCUGCAGGCCCUGGACCAACUGCACCUUGGCAGGAAAGCGCACACUGAGGCCAGCCAACGGGAGUUCCGACACCGUCUGUGAGGACAGGACCCCCCCAGACACACCGUCCCGGGAGACCCAGGGCCCCCCAGACUGGCACCCCACCACCCAGCCCACUGCUGCCUGGCCCAGGGCCUCCUGGGAGCCCUCCACACCCCCCACAGAGCCCCCCAGGGGUCCCCAGCUGGCCACCAUCCUGGGCCUGGGCCUGGGCCUGCUUGCUCCUGUGGCCACAGCUCUGGCUCUGCUCCUGCACCACAGGGCCUGGCGGCUGCCACCCAAAGGGGGAAACAGCUUCCGGACCCCCAUCCAAGAGGAGCAGGCCGAUGCCAACUCCACGCUGGCCAAGAUCUGAGCAGCGACUGCUGGGGCCCUGCCUGAGCCCAGACCUGGGUGUUGAGCUGAACCGCCCCUGGGCCCAUGGGUGCUUGAUGGUGUGCCCACACCGGCCCUUCCAGGACCCUGUCAGACCCUCAUCUCCAUGGAUUCCCCGCUGGUUUACCGCCUGGACCCUGGCCCCACCCCUGCCUGCACAUGCGUUACUUGUGUGAGCUGUGAUAAAGGAUGCAAAGACACCCGCUCAUAAAACCCUGGGAAAUACCGAAAAGCAGAUAAAAAUCACCCCUCGCGCCCUGCCUGGUACAGAAAUUCUGCCCUUCCACGCAGCCUGUGGCCUCCCCGGAAGGGGCCUUCCGGCGCGGCAGGGCAGGAAGGCAGGCGUGGGCCCUGACGCUGCUGCCGUCACUCCUGCCUUUUGAGGGCUUUACUCACAAGCCACCCUCCCCAUGGCCCUGUGACUUGCGUGCCACCGUGGGUGGCAGGAUGGAGGGGCCAGCUUCUCCCACCCCAGAACCCCUCCAGGGCACAUCUUCCUGGAAUUCUCCCAGCCAGCCCGGCUGCCUUCCCUGCCACCUUUGACCACACCCCUCCCCAAACCGAUUCCAGAAGGUUCUGACUCUGUCCCUGCUUCCAGAAGGAGCAACUGACAUGGGCCAUGAUCAGACAAACACCAUUGUAGGGGAUUUAUCGAAUUUAUUGGGCCCACAGUGUAUGGGUGCUUCUCAGAAUCAGGGUGACCCUGUGUGGGCACAGACCCAUCCUUUCAGGCCUGCAGUGACAGAAGGCCCAGAACUGCACAGCACCUUACCUGGCAUCCAGGUACGGCCAGACAGGCCCCCCCUUUCUGUCCCAGUGUCCAGACCCCUUCCCAUGGAGGAGCAGAACGGAGACCUCGGGUGCCUUCCCCAGACCCGAGAGCUUCACCUGACUCCCCAGGUCCCUGGUAGCCGGGAGUCCUAGCUGCCCGAGCACCCCCCACCCUUUCCUACUGGCCUGUGUGCUUCUCAGAAGAAGAGGACUUGAGAACAACAGUUGAGUCACAAGCUGCCAAUUCCUGCCUUUACCCUUCAGAAUAAGCCCACUGCCCAGUCAGUGAGGUGGUGGCCGCAGGCCUCCUGGGUCUGUCCACAUCACAGCCAUUGCAGCACCAGCUCGUGGACACUCAUGGCCACAUUCCUGAGACACCACUGCCCACUCCCCGCCUCCCUGAAUUCUCAGGAGUCUUCACCAGUUUCCCCUGCGCCAAACUUCAAUUGCAGGGUUGGGAAAUAAGGCCAAGCAAUCUAGGGAGGCUUACUUGGGGAGGCAGGGCCCCAGAGCCCCUUGGCGCCACCUGAGGAGAUUGAGCCUUAGACAAGGGACCAUCUCACAGUGAAUCCAGGGCUGAGUUCUCUGCUCCGGAGCUUUGUGAGGGGCUGGCCCCCCAACACCCUCUGGACAGCUGGGCUUGUCGUGGGAGGUCGGAGGCGGAACUGGCUGGGCAUUCAGGCCUGCCACCUGGCCAGCGCCCCCUCCCAAGUCCUGAGGAGCAGUCGGCUGGGCGCAAGGGGGCUUCCCUGGGGCUCUGGACCGUGGGUAGGGCGUCUGCCCUGCUGCAACCUGCAAGU